UAGAGGGGAAGACAAGUAGGUUCGUUACUUCGUAAGUACUUAAUGUUUAUAUAAUUUAUCAUUUUUGUCAGUACUCGAUAGUACGUUAAUACCAUUAAAUAAGUGAUUUAAAUGGUAUAAAUUUCGCUUGUAUUAUAAUAUCACUGCAAGUAGACAGUAGUGUAUUGAUUUUACGCGUUUAAAAAAUAAAACCAUUCAAAGAAGACCUUACGCGGCUUUUGUUUUUUCUAAUUACGUAUCUACUCAUAAUUAUCAUCAAUUUUACCAACGGUGUGGUAACUUAGAGACAAACAACUACCGGUAUACGAUUCUGUACAGUUUUGUUAUAAAUAUCUAAUAAGUACCUACCUAUUAAAUUAUUGAACUCAUCAAAGACGGGAGUAUAAAAACACGUUCUUAGUACCUACUGCAGAGAUGGCAUCAAAACCAAAGGUGCUGUUAACAAGUAAUAAUUUAUCCAAAAAAGCACUCGAUUUAUUACGUACAAGGUGUAGCUUGGAAGUAUGCAAAUCUAGUAAAGAGGGUGGAUCCCUAACCACGCAAGAUAUUGUCAAUAGUGUAUCGGGCAAGUUUGCAAUUCUCUGUCAUUCCGGGAACCCGAUAAAUGAACAGAUCUUAAAAGCAGCAGGACCCAGUCUUAAGGUGGUCAGUACCUUUUCGGUAGGAUAUGAUCACAUUGACUUGAUGUCGAUGAAGAAAUACGGAGUACGUUUGGGAUAUACGCCGGACGUUGUGACGGAACCGGUUGCAGAAAUCGCUGUAGGUCUCGUUAUAGCCACUACCAGAAGAUUUUUCGAAGCGAACCGUGAAUUGAAAACUGGUGGAUGGAAGGAAUGGACUCCCGGAUGGAUGUGUGGCAGAACCAUAAAAGGAUCAACCGUGGGUAUCUUAGGUUGCGGCAGAAUUGGCACGUCAAUCGCCGAGAAAUUGAUCAAUUUCAAAGUGUCCCAACUUUUGUACACCAGUAGAAGUGAAAAACCGGAAGUCAAAGCUCUCGGCGGGCAGUUGGUCACGGUGGACGAGUUGAUGGAGCGUAGUGAUUUUGUCGUGGUCGCCGCGGCUUUAAACGAUGAUACAAAAUUCAUCGUAAGCAGAGAACGGAUUGCAACCAUGAAGUCCAAUGCAAUAUUGGUGAACAUCGGCCGUGGACAGUUGGUUGACCAAGAUGCUUUGGUCGAAGCGCUCAAGGAGAAAAGAAUCCGAGGCGCUGGCCUGGACGUGAUGACACCAGAACCACUGCCAUUGGAUCAUCCGCUGAUGAGUCUGGACAACGUUUUACUCCUACCACACAUUGGCACCACUACUUAUGAGACGGAGGAAGAGAUGGCUAUGAUGACAGUUCAGAACAUAUUGGCUGCAGUGGACGGCCGUUCUAUGCCUAACGAAGUGGUUUUUUAACGUGCCGGUCAUCUCUGCUGUAACUUUCCACGCAAGACAUAAUAAUUGUCAAUCAUUACCUUUUUUAAAUUAUAAAAUAGAAAAUAAAGCUAAUAAUAAUGAAUUUAAUAA